CAAAUUAAACGCCCUGCAAGAUGCGCAAACCCCACUUUAAGCCCGUCUAAAGUUUGCAAAACUUCCUCCAUAUGACGUCUAAUGUGGCGGGUAACCUGUUCAUCAACGUGCUGGUGGUGUCAAUAUUAUUUUCAGUAAAACCAGUGGCCAGUAGUGCAAGUGUGUGUGUGAUGUAGUGCUGGCAUCACAAUCGGCAUAAUUAUACAAUCUAUGACGGCCUAGUUCUAGAUCGACCAAAAGUUUGGAGUUAGUUAGAAAAAUAUUUCUGUCUGCGAGUCGUACAGGAGAUUGUUGGCUGUGAAAACACUAUUUACUUAGUUGUGAGCUAUUUUGACUUUACUUGCGUUGAGCUAUAAGGUAACCAUGACUGCUUUUUUCAAAGUUGACCGUUAUAUUAAGACCUUGCACUCUUCAGUUUAUCCUACACCAGAAGAAUUGAAGGAAGUGCACAACAUGGUUUCUCAUACAGAGCUUGCUUUGAAAGCCAUUUCUGAUUUGUUGGAUGUGGAGGAAAAAGGAAGUGAAGGAAUUCAUGCAAGCAAGGAAGCUGAGUUUGUAGAAAGUGCCAAUAAAGCGGAAGCCAAAUAUCAAGAGAAUGGUCAUGCAGACCUUCUGCCAGAAAUUAAACAGCACACUAGAACUUUGCGAGGAGUUAUGCGUACUGGGCCCAUAGUUACGGACCUUCUGUUGAAAGGGGACAUGGAUCUACAACUGGUCCUGCUGUGUAGGAACAAACCUAGUGCCAGCCUCCUGAAGAAAGUUGCCACUCAUCUUUCUCUACAGUUUGCUUCAAUCACUGAAGAAAAAUACAAAGUAACAGAGUGCAUCAAAGAAGCUGCCAUUGUUGUCAAGAAUUCUAAACAACCACCUUUAAUACUGAAAAUCCUUUUGACUUCCACUGUUGUCAGAGAGGAGCUUGAGAAGAGAGCAGACAGUGAAACACCAAGGGUCAGCGACCCCUCGGAUGUUCUGGACAGUCAAAAAUGUCUUGCUGCCUUGGCAUCACUCUGGCGCACCAAGUUUUUUCAGGUUAGAGCUGCAGGACUGAAAUCAUGUGUGAUUAUUACUAGAGUUAUGAGAGAUCUGUGCAACAGAAUGCCUGCCUGGAAACCACUUAAAGGAUGGCCUCUUGAACUGAUAUGUGAGAAAGCUAUUGGUACAGCCAGCCGGCCAAUGGGAGAAGGAAUGGCCUUUCGAAGGGUCCUGGAAUGCCUUGCUUCAGGAAUUCUUCUGCCAGAUGGUCCAGGUCUUUAUGAUCCAUGUGAAAUAGACUGUGUUGAUGCAGUUGGUCAUCUGGAUAGACAACAGAGGGAAGACAUCACUCGAAGUGCCCAGCAUGUUUUACGCAUGGUUGUGUUGGGUCUAGUUGAUAAGAUAUUUACUGAGGAUAACAUACACCCAAAACAAGGCAGAGAUUAUAAUGAUAACACAAUGGCUUCUUCUUUAUCAAAAAGUCCUGUCGUGAUUCUGAAUAACAUGUAUCCUGGCCUGCAAUACAUACUGAUCAGACAGACGGGCCCAGACCAUGAUCCAGAGUUUACUAUGGGGGUUAAUGUGGCUGGCAAAUCCUAUGAGGCAUCAGGACCUUCUAGAAAGAUGGCUAAAUAUUGUGUGGCAGUAAAGGUGUUGGAAGACUUGGGCUUACCAACAAAUACAGAAUAUAUUGCAGAGGUUGAAAUCAAUGGUGAAACAUUUUUUGGUACAGGGAGAAAUAAGAAAACUGCGAAAGCACAUGUUGCAAUGUCAGUGCUUAAAAGACUGUAUUCAGAUAGUGAUGUAGCACCUGCUGAGACAGCAAAGGAAAUACCUGCCAUGGUGAGCAGAGAAGAAGCCAUGCCAUGUGUAAGCAACAUAGAAACAAAGACCAUGCCAGAGGCUGGAAAACUACUUGGUCCAGUUUUCACAAGAAAUGGGAAAAGUCCUGUGUUGGAACUGAAUGACUGGCGAAAAGGUCUAAAAUAUGAAGUACUGUCUGAAUCUGGUUGCUGCCAUGACAAAUGUUUUAUCAUGCAGGUGGAAAUCGAUGGGCAGAUGUUCACUGGUGAAGGACCAAAUAAGAAAAUAGCGAAGGCACAAGCUGCACUGGCUGCACUUGAGACACUCUUCCUGCAUAAUGAUGUCCUGCCUACUAACGGAGAUAAGAAGGAAAUGGCUCCUUCAGUGGACAGAAGAGCAGAGGCAAUAGAAACAGUGUCGGAGGUUGAAAUUGAUGACAAGGCAAUAUCUGAUGAAACAGAAAAGGAAAUGCUUGCCAUGGUGGACAGAGAAGUAGGAUGUACUCCAGAGGUGAGCUACACAGAGACAGAGAACAUGUCAAAGGCUGAAAAACUACUUGGUCCAAUUUUCACGAAAAAUGGGAAGAAUCCUGUGUUGGAGUUGAAUGACUGGAGAAAAGGUCUAAAAUAUGAAGUACUCUCUGAAUCUGGUGCUUGUCAUAAUAAGCAUUUUAUCAUUCAGGUUGAAAUCGAUGGGCAGAUGUUCACUGGUGAAGGACCAAAUAAGAAAACCGCAAAGGCACAAGCUGCAUUGGCUGGACUUGGGACACUCUUCCUACAUGAUGAUGUCCGACCUGCUAACAGUGAUAAGAAGGAAAUGGUUCCUGCAGUGGAAAGAGCAGAAGCAGUACACACAGUGUCAGAGGUUGAAAUCAAUUGCAAUACAUUUUUUCAUGCCACGGAAAAGGAAGUGCCUGCCAUGGUGAACAGAGAAUCCACGCGAGAGAUGCACUACCCAGAAGAAGAGACCAUGGCAAAUGAAAACUAUCCAAAAGAAUCAACAGUAGAGAUUAACUGUAGAGUAGUAGAAACCAUGUCAGAGGCUCAAAAACUGCUUGGUCCAGUUUUCACAAAAAAUGGGAAGAAUCCUGUGUUGGAAUUGAAUGAGUGGCGAAAAGGUGUAAAAUAUGAAGUACUGUCUGAAUCCGGUGACUGCCAUGAUAAACAUUUCAUCAUGCAGGUUGAAAUCGAUGGGCAGAAGUUCACUGGUGAAGGACCAAAUAAGAAAACAGCGAAGGCACAAGCUGCACUGGCUGCACUUGAGACACUCUUCCUACAUGAUGAUGUCCGACCUGCUAACAGUGAUAAGAAGGAAAUAGCUGCUGUAGUGAAAAGAAGAACAGAAGCUAUGGAAUCAGUGCUGGGGGUUGAAAUUAAUGGCAAGGCAAUAUCUGAUGAGACAGAAAAGGAAAUGCUUGCCAUGGUGGACAGAGAAACGGAAUGUACUCCAGAGGUGAGCUGCACAGAAACAGAGACCAUGUCAAAGGUAAGGUACAGGGAAAAAGAAUCCAUGGUAGAUGUAAAGAACAGAGGAGGUGAAACCAUUUCAGAGGCUGAAAAACUACUUGGUCCAAUUUUCACAAAAAAUGGGAAGAAUCCUGUGUUGGAGUUGAAUGACUGGAGAAAAUGUCUAAAAUAUGAAGUACUGUCUGAAUCUGGUGCCUGUCAUAAUAAGCAUUUUAUCAUUCAGGUUGAAAUCGAUGGGCAGAUGUUCACUGGUGAAGGGCCAAAUAAGAAAACAGCGAAGGCACAAGCUGCACUGGUUGCACUUGAGACACUCUUCCUACACGAUGAUGUCCAACCUGCUAACGGUGAUAAGAAGGAAAUGGCUCCUGCAGUGGAAAGAACAGCAGAAGCAAUAGAAACAGUGUCAGAGAUUGAAAUCAAUGACAGUACAUUUUUUUAUGACACGGAAAAGGAAAUGCCUGCCAUGGUAAACGGAAAAGCAAAAUCCAUGCAAGAGGUGCACUACCCAGAAGAAGAGACCAUGGCAAAUGAAAACUAUCCGAAAGAAUCAACAGUGGAGAUUAACUGUAGAGUAGUAGAAACCAUGUCAGAGGUUGAAAUUGAUGGGCAGAAGUUCACUGGUGAAGGACUAAAUAAGAAAACAGCGAAGGCACAAGCACUCUUCCUACAUGAUGAUGUCCUACUUGCUAACAGAGAUAAGAAGAAGAUGGCUCCUACAGUAGAAAGAAGAGCAGAUGCAAUAGAAACAGUGUGGGAGCAGGUUGAAAUCAAUUUUGAGACAGAAAAGGCAAUGCCUGCAAUAGUGGACAGACAAGUAGAGUCCAUUCCAGAGGGGAACUACACAGAGGCUGAAGCAGAGUCCAUGCCAGAGGGGAGCUACACAGAAGCUGAAGCAGAGUCCAUUCCAGAGGGGAGCUACACAGAAGCUGAAGCAGAGUCCGUUCUAGAGGGGAGCUACACUGAAGCUGAAGCAUACUCCAUUCAAGAGGGGAGCUGCACAGAAGCUGAAGCAGAGUCUGUUCCAGAGGGCAGCUACACAGAAGCUGAAGCAAAGCAAUUUCCAGAGGGGAGCUACACAGAAGCUGAAGCAAAGCCCAUUCCAAAGGGGAGCUACACAGAAGCUGAAGCAGAGCCUGUUCCAGAGAGGAGCUGCACAGAAGCUGAAGCAGAGUCCUUUCCAGAGGGGAACUACACAGAAGCUGAAGCAAAGCUCAUUCCAGAGGGGAGCUACACAGAAGCUGAAGCAGAGUCCGUUCCAGAGGGGAGCUACACAGAAGCUGAAACAGAGUCUGUUAAACAGGGGAGCUACACAGAAUCUGAAGCAGAGUCUGUUCCAGAGGGGAGCUACACAGAAACAGAAGUGGAGCCCAUGCCAGAGAGGAGCUACACAGAAGCAGAAGUGGAGCCCAUGCCAGAGGGGAAGUACACAGAAGUAGAUGUGGAGCCCAUGCCAGAGGGGAACUACACAGAAGUAGAAGUGGAGCCCAUGCCAGAGGGGAGCUACACGGAAGCUGAAGUAAAUUCCAUUCCAGAGGGGAAUUACACAGAAGCUGAAGCAAAGCCCAUUCCAGAAGGGAGCUGCACAGAAGCUGAAGCAGAGUUCAUGCCAGAGGGGAGCUACACAGAAGCUGAAACAGAGUCCGUUACAGAGGGGAGCUACACAGAAGCUGAAGCAGAGUCUGUUACAGAGGGAAGCUACACAGAAACUGAAGCAGAAUCCAGGACAGAGAGGAGCUACACAGAAGCAGAAGUGGAGCCCAUGCCAGAGGGGAGCUACACAGAAGCAGAAGUGGAGCCCAUGCCUGAGGGGAGCUGCACAGAAGCUGAAGCAGAGUCUGUUACAGAGGGGAGCUACACAGAUGCUGAAGCAGAGUCCAUUCCAGAGGAGAGCUACACAGAAGCUGAAGCAAAGCCCAUUCCAGAGGGGAGCUACACAGAAGCUGAAGCAGAGUCCGUUCCAGAGGGGAGCUACACAGAAGCUGAAACAGAGUCUGUUACAGAGGGGAGCUACACAGAAUCUGAAGCAGAGUCUGUUCCAGAGGGGAGCUACACAGAAACAGAAGUGGAUCCCAUGCCAGAGAGGAGCUACACAGAAGCAGAAGUGGAGCCCAUGCCAGAGAGGAGCUACACAGAAGCAGAAGUGGAGCCCAUGCCAGAGGGGAACUACACAGAAGUAGAAGUGGAGCCCAUGCCAGUGGGGAACUACACAGAAGUAGAAGUGGAGCCCCUGCCAGAGGGGAGCUACACAGAAGCUGAAGUAAAUUCCAUUCCAGAGAGGAAUUACACAGAAGCUGAAGCAAAGCCCAUUCCAGAAGGGAGCUGCACAGAAGCGGAAGCAGAGUUCAUGCCAGAGGGGAGCUACACCGAAGCUGAAGCAGAGUCCAUUCCAGAGGGGAGCUACACAGAAGCUGAAGCAGAGUCUGUUACAGAGGGGAGCUACAUAGAAGCUGAAGCAGAGUCCAUUCCAGAGGAGAGCUACACAGAAGCUGAAGCAAAGCCCAUUCCAGAGGGGAGCUACACAGAAGCUGCAGCAGAGUCUGUUCCAGAGGGGAGCUACACAGAAGCUGAAGCAGAGACCGUUCCAGAGGGGAGCUACACAGACGUUGAAGCAGAGUCCGUUCCAGAGGGGAGCUACACAGAAGCUGAAGCAAACCCCAUUCCAGAGGGGAGCUACACAGAAAUUGAAGCGGAGUCCAUGCCAGAGGGGAGCUACAAAGAAGCAGAAGUGGAGCCCAUGCCAGAGGGGAGCUACACAGAAGCAGAAGUGGAGCCCAUUCCAGAGGGGAGCUACACAGAAGCAGAAGUGGAGCCCAUGCCAGAGUGGAGCUACACAGAAGCUGAAGCAGAGUCUGUUCCAGAGGGGAGCUACACAGAAGCUGAAGCAGAGUCCAUUCUAGAGGGGAGCUACACAGAAGUAGAGCCCAUGACAAAGACUACAGUUUCUCAGGAACUGAAUGUUAUAAUUAGACACAAUCAGCACAUGGAGUCUGCACACAAUGAGACCAGGAAUGUAAACUUUGAGGUCCCCCAUAAUCAACAAAAGGAUGGCACAGACGGUGCCAACACCACAGCUACUACCUCAGAUAGUUCAACUCCAUUGAAGCAAAUUAUUUUUGGUUUUAAACGUUUUGGUGUUGCUGUUAAAAAACUUUUUAGCCGAUGAUUUAAAAAUCCUUCUCGAUUCAAUAAAAUCAUACAUGUAACCUAA